UGACGGAGACAAUUAGGCCGAUGUCUACUAACCCAGAAACCGAAUGGAACGAGUAGAGCCGCUCAGUUUCGAAUGUUUUAAAGGGGGUUGACUCUGGCAGGCGCUGUUGCGACCACGCGUGCAUGCGCGCGCUUACCCCUCGCACGGCCGGUGGUACGGAAUUGCCAUCUUCACCCCCUUGCCUGGCAUCCCCCUGUACCAAACCCACUGGCUCCUCUCGGUAUUCGUGAGUUCCACCAGACCAGUGCCCGCGCGUCUUCCGCGAUUGCCAGACCGCGCUUUACCAAAACACAACAGUUGUGUUUAUUUUUCAAAAUCACAAAUCAUCCCCAACAACUCACAGCCACCUCCGUAAAAUUCCUAGAAUAUUCCGAUGAUGUUGAAUAAAUUCCCCGGACCGGAAUCAAUAAAAAAAUGAGAAAAUCCAAUUCAAAAAGAAAAAUAUUUUCAACCCCAUUAAAUAUUUAAUAAAAUAUAAAGUUCAACAUUGUCUACCCUUCCAAUGAAUAACCGUAAAAAUGUGGUGAUCAUUUCCACCGAAUUCUCCGAAAACUUCCCCGCUGUGGUCAGCGAAAUUAAAUACUCCGCAAAACUCCAACUUUCGCCCCAUAAUUUUCCCCCACUGUAUCCCCUUUAACCCCAACCCCUCACCACCAAAUUUCAAACUAAAAUCCAUGAGAUUCUCCGCAUCGUCAUAAACGAAUAUACGAAGAUUGUGAGUGCCAAGUUCCGUGGAAAGCGCUUGAAUUUUUGUGUCUCACCCCUAAAAAGUUAGUGCGGUUGACACUGGCGUCACAUCGACGAGUGCUAGUUCCGUUUGUUGGAAUAAAGUGAAGAAGUUUCUCCCAACGAUGCGAUGAUUCGUCAGUGAGUGGCAAGUAUGUGAUAAUUAAACUCCCCGUGUUUUCAAAUUAUGAAAAAUUCUUAAAAUUCAAAAAUAUUCAAAAACAAGUGCCCGAUUUCGAGUGCCGAUACAAUUACGCGUGAUUGGGUUUAUUGUGAGGAUUUUACACAGUGAUGUUUAACAAUAUGGAGGUACAGAGAGGAAUGACGGCAGACGUUGAAUGCCGUUGAAAAGCCGACAAUGAUUUUCUCCCGUUCAAUGGGAAGCAAUUUACUGAUCGGUGGAACGCAAAUGGACUGACCAAUGAAGGGACUAUCCCCUGGAAUUGAUGGUACUAAUUUGUACGAGUAUGCGACCAACAGCUAUUCUCUGGUGACAAAAAUUUCCUGCUGAGUGAUAGUUUUUUUUUUUUAACCCGAGUAAUCCUCAAAUACUCGUCACCGGGGUGUGCAUCGCACUGGUGGACACUCCAUCCGAGGUGAUUGGAGGAAGAUGCUGUAAAUAAGGCGGUAACCAUUCGCCCAGUGAGUGAAGUGAAGUGAACGGGGUCACGUAAUCCUUGAAGCACAAUGGCACUUCUGUUUGUUGUUAUCGUUAUUCUCGUUACAACUGCAAUGUCACUGCCGCCUGUCAUACGAAUUGGUGCGAUAUUCACCGAAGAUCAAAAGGACAGUCCCUCAGAGCUAGCCUUCAAGUACGCAGUCUAUAGAAUCAACAAAGACAAGAAUCUUCUUCCCAACACAACUCUCGUUUACGACAUCCAGUAUGUGCCCAAGGACGACUCCUUCAGAACAUCAAAGAAAGCCUGCAAACAACUGUCGAGAUCAGUGCAGAGCAUAUUCGGUCCAACAGAUCCACUUUUAGGCGCUCACAUUCAGAGCAUAUGCGAAGCCCUUGACGUACCACACUUGGAGGCACGAAUGGACUUCGAACCGACUUUCAAAGAGUUCAGUAUAAAUCUCUAUCCAUCUCAGGAUCAUCUGAAUAAGGCAUUCAAGGAUCUCAUGUCCUUUCUCAAUUGGACGAGAGUUGCUAUAAUCUACGAGGAAAAUUAUGGCCUAUUCAAGCUUCAGGAUCUCGUUAAGUCACCACCAACCACACGCACUGAGAUGUAUAUACGUCAGGCUGGUCCUGGCUCCUAUCGUCAGGUACUGCGGGAAAUCAGGCAGAAGGAAAUUUACAAGCUCAUUAUAGAUACUGAUCCUCUUCAUAUGCAGCAGUUCUUCAGAGCGAUUCUACAACUACAAAUGAACGACCACCGCUACCACUACAUGUUUACCACGUUUGAUAUCGAGACAUUCGAUCUAGAGGAUUUCAAGUACAACAGUGUAAACAUGACUGCCUUUCGUCUAGUCGAUCUCGAGGAGCCACGAGUAGCUGAGGUUUUGAGGCAGAUGGAGCGCUUCCAGCCGAUUGGACAUGCCAUUCUCAAUCGAACUGGAAUUAUCCAGGCAGAACCGGCGCUUGUCUACGACAGCGUUCAAGUUUUUGCUCAUGGGCUUUCCUCCCUCGAUCGGAGUCACGUACUACGACCAAUGAACUUAUCCUGCGAUAGGGAGGAACCCUGGGAUGAUGGGCUGUCUCUUUACAACUACAUAAACGCGGCGGGAAUUCACGGCCUAACUGGCCACAUAGAAUUCAACGAGGGUAAACGUAACAAUUUCAAGCUCGAUCUGUUGAAGUUGAAAAAAGAGGAGCUAGUGAAGGUGGGUGAAUGGCGACCAGGGCAGGGGGUUAAUGUCACGGACGUGAACGCUUUUUACGAGACAACAGCAACAAAUAUAACACUGAUUGUCAUGACUCGCGAGGAGAGGCCGUACGUUAUGGUAAAAGAGGAUAAGAAUUUAACUGGAAAUGCGAGAUUCGAGGGAUUUUGCAUUGACUUGCUAAAAUGGAUUGCCGGACAAGUGGGCUUUCAGUAUGCCAUUCGGCUUGUUCCUGAUCACAUGUAUGGAGUGUACGAUCCAGAGACCAAAGAGUGGAAUGGAAUUGUUCGGGAAUUAAUGGAAAAGAGGGCAGAUUUAGCUGUGGCCUCCAUGACCAUUAAUUAUGCACGAGAGAGUGUAAUCGACUUUACGAAGCCCUUCAUGAACCUCGGGAUUGGAAUUCUCUUUAAGGUACCAUCCAGCCAGCCAACUCGUCUAUUCUCCUUCAUGAAUCCCCUCGCUGUUGAAAUAUGGCUGUACGUUCUAGCAGCGUAUAUGCUCGUAAGUUUUACACUAUUCGUAAUGGCGCGAUUUAGCCCAUACGAGUGGAAUAAUCCACAUCCCUGCCUGGCUGAGAGUGAAGUUGUUGAAAAUCAGUUCAGUGUCAGCAACAGUUUUUGGUUCAUCACAGGCACUUUUUUACGUCAGGGAAGCGGCUUAAAUCCAAAGGUGGCUAAACGUCCACCCAGUAGACUCUUCUCAUUCAUGAAUCCUCUUGCCGUGGAGAUUUGGCUAUCAAUGCUGGGUGCCUAUCUUAUGGUGUCCAUUACUAUAUGGAUUGUCGCGAGAAUGUCACCUUAUGAGUGGAUUGAACCACCUCCGUGCCCUAGCUGCAAGUGCCCUCUGCAGGGGAGCCAUGUGAGUGCCUUGGAGCCGGAGAGCGAUGACAUCCCAUUGCCAAGAACAGUCAACGAUUUCAGCCUUGCCAACAGUUUCUGGUUCGCAGUUGGAACUUUAAUGCAACAGGGGAGUGACCUCAAUCCCAAGGCAACCAGUACGAGAAUAGUCGGUGGAAUAUGGUGGUUCUUCACGCUGAUAAUAAUAUCAUCGUACACUGCAAACCUCGCUGCUUUUCUCACGGUCGAAAGAAUGAUAACGCCAAUUGAAAAUGCCGCGGAUUUAGCUGAACAAACGGAGAUCACCUAUGGUACGCUUGAAGGAGGAAGCACAAUGACAUUUUUCAGGGAUUCGAAAAUAGGAAUCUACCAAAAAAUGUGGAGAUUUAUGGAAUCCCGAAGAUCGACUGUAUUUGUAUCAACCUAUGAAGAAGGAAUAAAACGUGUUUUGGAGGGAAAUUAUGCAUUCCUGAUGGAAUCAACAAUGCUGGACUACGCAGUCCAACGAGACUGCAAUCUAACCCAAAUCGGUGGUCUCUUGGACAGCAAGGGCUACGGUAUAGCCACCCCAAAAGGUUCACCAUGGAGAGACAAGAUAUCACUGGCUAUUCUCGAGCUACAGGAGAAGGGAGUUAUACAAAUACUGUACGACAAAUGGUGGAAGAAUACCGGUGACGUUUGUAACAGGGAUGAAAAGAGUAAAGAGAGCAAAGCGAAUGCACUAGGAGUUGAGAACAUCGGAGGGGUUUUUGUUGUUCUACUGUGUGGCCUGGCCCUGGCGAUUCUCGUAGCGAUUCUCGAAUUCUGCUGGAAUUCCAAAAAACACGCGCAAUCAGAUCGGUCUCUGUGUGCCGAGAUGGCCUCGGAGUUGCGGUUCGCAUUACGCUGCGGUUCACAACAGCGUCGACUUACCAAAACCAGAAAUGCCGAGGGUGAUAUGACAACAACCGUAACCUGUACCAGGUGUAGUCCACCAUCUACAUCAUUGCUACGUAGCAGACGAUGCUUCAGUCAUGAAGAAACAACUUACAUGCCAAGCAUCGAUAUACCGCGAUUAAAUGCAGGAAGUUGGUGCACUACCGAUGACAGAGAUGAAGAAAUCAUUGAGCUUCGAUCAAGUGGGGACAUGCCGUGGAGGGAACACCUAGCACAGGCCUCACCAUCAUCAUCAGCCGGUCCAAUCACAACUACAGACACCACCACCACCGUCUGUGUGCAGAGCAACACCAACGCACACACGUCAUUGUCACUGCCACUCACAUUCUCACAGUCACAGUCAUUCGCACAAACAUCAACUACCACCACCGAGGCAGAGGAGAGCCUCAUCGGGCAUCAGUUUAGGUCAAGGAGGUGACCACCCUGAAAGCAUCUUAUGGAGAUUCGACUGCGAUCUAGCGGGUGAACCAGACGUAGUAAUAUCCCCCCCACCCCCACCACCACCACCAUCCGCUGCUGUAUCAAGAACAACAAC